AUGGAGAUGCAAGCAUGGCAGAGAUGCAUAUGCGCUGAAGAGCUUGUGAAGGCAUUGAGCAAAUCAUUUUGGUAUAAAUGGAUUUGCAACGAACUGCUACCCCUGAAAGUCAAGAUGCCCAUGCAGAAUGAUAGAAGAAAUCUACGUAGGCAGCCAUGCAUUGUUCCGAUGCCGUUGCCGACCGAGCUGAAAGAGAUGAUCCAGGAUGAGGUUGGAGAGAAAGCUGGCGUGGUGAUAGAUGUUCUGGAAGGAGUGUCGUCAACGUUGUCGUAUGAGAACGCAUCGAGUGAGUUGUUGGAUAUUCUAGCACCAGUUGUUGAUGAAAAGGCAAAGAUGCUUGUGGAGCGAAUUAUCGGAUACAUAAGAGGAGACUGCAAAGAUGAAACAAUGCUAAUGUCAAAGAAGCGUGCUUCCUUGCACGAUGAAGGCACAUCUGCACAAGCAGGUAGUAACAUUCAUAGAAGCCAAAGAAGAAAUUCAGAAAGCGAUGGUAAGGAAGGAACUAAAAGAAGAAAGGCUUCGGAGUGCAUAGAAGUGAUUGUAAGCAAGAUCAACGAGGGGAGGCAUAGCGUAGAUGAUCUCAAGGCGUAUGCAACGAGAUAUGGAAAGGUAAUUGGGUGCAGGAAAAUGGCGUCUGACAGAUACAUUGUUGUUUUUGAGUCACUGAAUUCAGCAGAUGAGUUUGUCCGGUCGCCUGAGCCUGUCCUGAAUGACGUUUCAAUCAAGAAAUUUUAUCAUAUUGUGGAUGCCAACACGAAAAGUGAUCUUAGGAAGCUUUUUGAGGAGCAGGAGAACAUCAUAAAGAGAAUGUCUGGGGAAUUCCACACAACAUUGCUCAAUAGGCUUAAAAAGGUCAAUUUGCAGAUCAGAAGUCUUGUCAUGAAUGACAGGCCAAAGGAAGUUGUUGUUGACCACAAGAAGGGAUUUGACCAGGAGAACAGUCUGUAUUACAAUUGUUUCUGA